AGUGUUCCAACCUGUAUCUCUGCCCCACUUGUCAUUUUUUCGAGAAAUACUUAACGAAGCUGCAAACGUUUUUAUUCCACAACAAUUGCCAAAUUUUCCAAGUGGUUUUUGCGACGAUUGGCGGACAAAAAGGUGCUAAAUAGGCGCCUGGAGCUAAUUUAGCAACAGGUUGUCAAGGACUUCUGGGACCUCUUCUGGGAUGAGUUGUGCGGCUCCGCGAUGUCCACCGCGCUGUGGACCCUGCGGUGGCGGUUGUGGAUCUGGCUGUAGGCCCCGCGGCGUUGGUGGCUGCUGCGGAUCAGGUGGUUCCUGCUGCGGCGGCGGUUGCUGCCGAUCUGGUGGGUUCUGCGGAGGAUCCUGCAGCGGAUCCUGCGGCGGAUGCUGUGGCUCUGGACCCUGUGCCGUCGUCUCGUACCGCCUGAGCUGCGGCCCCGUGGGUCCCGUUCUGCCCUGCAUGAAGUGCAGCUGCACCUGCAACUGCGGAUGCUGCGGCAGCGGCAGCGGAUGUGCCCCGCCCUUCUAUUUUGUGCCCAACAACUGCCGCAAUUGCUGGGAGUGGGGUUGUUUCGGCCCCCUUUACUAGUAUACCCUGUAGUAUCUACCCUGUUGUUGCACUUUUGAUGGAACUUUUCAUAGUUUUGAAUGCAAUAAAUUCACGUGUCAGCCAGAGUUAUUUCUUCCAGUUUUA